AUGGCGCCCAUACAGAACCCAUUCUUGUCCUUGCACUAUUGGGACUACUGCAAUGCUACUGGCAGCAGCAAUGAUGGUGGACGCAACUUCAACACAACAGAUCGGGAAUCAGUAGAUGAAGACAUGGUCAACUCCCAGGCCAAGCCUUUUGAGUGCAUGCCAGCAGAGGCCUAUGAAGGGAUGACUGACGAAGAAAUCCUGGAGACCUUUGACCAGCGGCUGAAGGCAAUGGAGGAAAAGUGGACGCAGCUGAUGGCGGAAGCAAAUGAAGAGAUGACUGAAGAAGAAAUCCUGCGGAACCUUGACCAGCGGCUCACAGCAAUGGAGGAGAUGUGGGUGCAGCUCACCACAGAUGCAGAGGAUGAAGUAACAGAUGAGGAAACCCUGCAGACCCUUGAUGAACACUUGGCAGCAAUGGAGGAGCAUUUGAUGCAAAUGAUAUGCAGUCGAAUCCAACCCUCGAUAGAGACCCUCAGGGAGGCGCAUGUGCAGGCGGCGAAGCUCAGCAACCCACCUGCAAAGUUUGGCGGGUGGAUCUGCAUGUCCACCGUGCCAGCCUUCUACAAGAGCCCGCCGCCAUCUCUGCAAUCCCUCCUCCAUAGGUCCCUGGAGGAUAGCCCAGCUGGGCAAGGGCGUACCGCAAUAGUAGAAGGUUUAAUGUAUGUUCAGGAUGGCUAUGGCCCCGUGUUCAUCCCCCUCCUGGGGGAGAUUGAUCUCAAUGGCGAGGCCAUCGUCAUCAACGGCCACGGGGCAGAGCAGCCACUCCUCCACCAGGCCGUGCGCACACUGAACAGGUACAUUGGAGCUGUUGGGUAUGCUCCCUGGCCCAACAAUCCUCACUUCACACUCGACAUCUACGAUCCUAUGGCUGAAACCUUCGUACCGCACACUCUCCGCCCCAUAUUCCCUCUCCGCCUCGCGCUGCCUCUGCAGUCUGUGCCGGUCAUCAAGCGGUCCAUUGUGACCCUAACAUCCUUUGCGCAUGCGUACGCCACUGGUCAGAGAGCUUUUGUGGCACCCAUGUGUUCAAUGAAAUUCGACUUCAUUGACGCAUCCUGGACUUGGCCAGUGGGGUCGUGCGCCCAACGCCAAAUCAUGCGAGCAAGCUGGAGGGUCACAAACUUUGGGGUGCCCCUUGGUACGUGCACUGUCCACCCGCUUCUUGAUGAGCCGGGAGUGAUCGUUGUACCUGCGGUGCCGGAGGACCUUCGAGUGUUGGGUCGUGGGCACAAGGAGCAGGAUGUUGAUAGCAAUAUGGACUCGGACGCGGCGGGCGUGGACACUGACUUUGAUGGUAAUGACGAGGCUGAGGCCAACUUCUACUUUUAG